AUGCGUCAAAAUGCCUUCGGUCGUGGAGCUAAGCAAAUUCAAGCCCAAUCUGCCCGUUCUGAAGCCCCAGAGUUUGCGAAGGUCACUUGGUGGAAGGAACCCGGUCUUAGGAAGUUAUACUUCUGGUGUGCUAUACUGAUGGCCAUGUCUGCCUCAACGGGUUUUGACGCUAAGCUUAUGAACACGUCACAAGUCAUGAAUCAGUGGCAAAAUUCCUUCAACCACCCAACAGGAGGUAGAUUAGGCAUCAUAAUUGCGAUUCUUGACAUCGGUUCACUAUGCAGCUUUUGGAUGGUACCUUACUUCGCGGACACCUACGGCAGGAAGGUGCCCAUUAUCAUUGGAUGCAUCAUCGAGACUAUUGGGGCUCUCAUCGGAGCGUUUUCCAGCAGCCAGGCAAUGUAUAUGGCGGGUCGCUUCAUUCUUGGCUUUGGAAGCUCCUUCAACGGUGCCGGCCUUCUUAUCGCAGAGAUAGCACAUCCACAACAUCGCGCCAAGAUAUCGGCUAUCGUCAACUGCAUGUAUGGCGUUGGAUCAACAUUCUGCGCAUGGCUGGCACUGGGAACGAUCAAGAUCACGAGCGAAUGGUCUUGGCGGUCUCUGACAGUCCUUCAAGCCUUCCCGGGAAUACUCGUACUGUCGCUCAUCUACUGGGUACCGGAGUCGCCGAGGUGGCUCAUUGCCAAAGAACGUUACGAGGAAGCAGAAACCAUGCUUGCCAAGUAUCACGGCAACGGCGACAAGACGAACGAAACUGUUGCUUUUGAAUUCCGAGAAAUGAAGCAGACAUUGGCACUGGAGUUUCAACACCGGAAAUCGAGCAGCUACCUUGAGUUUGUCAGAGUUCCAGGAAACAGCGGCACCAAUCUAUUUUCCAACUACGCCAACAAAAUCUACGAGGGUGCGGGUAUUACUGAUCAGACAAACAAGGUCCUUCUUAGCGGUGGUCAGACUCUGAUGGCUCUAGUCGUAUCUGUCGGCUUCUCGUUGACAAUUGAUCGCUUCGGCCGCCGACCCCUUUUCCUCACCGCCACUACAGGGAUGGUUCUAAUGUACAUGGGAUGGACAAUUAUCGCUUUCAUAUGGCUUUUCAGUCUCUCUUAUCAAAUCGCAUGGACUGGCAUCAUGGCGGCCUACGCGUUGGAAAUCAUGCCGUACAGCUUGAGAGCUAAAGCCGGUGUGAUAUCCACAAUCUUUGUAAAAGGUCUCAUAGUUCUGGGAAGUUACACAAACCCAAUUGCUUGGGACAACUUCACAGCCGCCGGCCACGCAUGGACCCUUGCAAUGUUUUACACGAUUCUUGACUUCUGCUAUCUUCUCUUCGUCUACUUCUUCUACCCAGAAACAAAGAACCUAACUCUCGAGGAGGUUGCCAAAGUGUUUGACGCAGACGACGCCAAGGUUGCCCGGGUAAGGAUCCAGGACGUUAGAGAAGAAAUAGAUCGAGAAAAACCCAAACAGCCACAGAUAGAGGUCAAUUCUCUUUGA